CUCUCUGACACAGACAAAUGCACAUGUUGUUCAUGCAAACACACACAUGCAUACAGACACACACUCACUCCCACACACACACGCUGUCUGAUGUCUCUCUCUCUCUGUGUGUGUGUGUGUAUGUGUGUGUGUGUCAGGUGAAUAUCACAGAGAGGAAUCCUGAAGGUUACCUGUCUGCCACUGAGAUUCCUCUGCCGCGUCUCUACAUCUCCAUGGCAGGAAUCUUCUUCAUGGCUGCGGUGGUGUGGACAUACACACUGCUGAAACACAGGUACAGUGUGUUCAAAAUCCACUGGCUGAUGGCGGCUCUGGCCUACACUAAAGCUGUGUCUCUACUCUUUCACAGUAUCAACUAUUACUUCAUUAACUCUGAUGGUUACCCGAUUGAAGGAUUGGCUGUCAUGUACUACAUCACACACUUGCUGAAAGGUGCUCUGCUGUUCAUCACUCUGGCUCUCAUCGGCACCGGCUUCGCCUUCGUUAAAUACAUCCUCUCAGACAAAGAGAAGAAGAUCUUCAUGAUCGUCAUCCCUCUGCAGGUUCUGGCGAAUGUGGCCUACAUCAUCAUUGAGGAGACAGAGGAAGGCUCCAGUGAGUACGCUCUGUGGAGGGAGAUCCUGUUCCUGGUGGACCUGAUCUGCUGCGGAGCUGUGCUGUUCCCCGUCGUCUGGUCCAUCCGGCAUCUGCAGGAGGCCUCCAACACGGAUGGAAAAGCUGCCAUUAACCUGGAGAAGCUGAAGCUCUUCAGGCAGUAUUAUGUGAUGAUCGUGUGUUAUAUCUACUUCACGCGCAUCAUUGCUUUAGUGCUGAAGGUCAUGGUGCCGUUCCAGUGGCAGUGGUGUCAAGAGUUGUUAGUGGAGGUUUCUACUUUGAUUUUCUUUGUCUUGACGGGAUUCAAGUUCCGACCGGCGUCCAAUAAUCCGUACCUGCAGCUGCCUCAGGACGAGGAGGACCUGGAGAUGGAUGAAGUUGUAACCGAGUCGGGAGUGUUGGAGGGAAUCCACAAGGUGAAGAAAACGUCUAACGGCAGAGAGAGACAGAGAGAGGUCGCACUGUGAGUGGCAUAUUGGGAGGGCGGAGCCUGGACUCUGAAGCCCCUCCCUUUACCUUCCCCAGGUUGCUCCCAUGGCUACCACAGACUCACUAUGCAAGUGAAAAACAACAGAACGGAAGAAAACGAGUGUGAAUGAAGCACGCCUUAUACGACUUCUGUCUGGUUUUCCUGAACGGAUGAGCUGAACCUCUGUACAGACACUGGGACGGCGGUGACGCAGACUGAAUCUGUUUGGUUUUGGUUUACAGUAAUGAUGUCGUCAGUCUGCGCUGUCUGUUAAUUCGUUUGCUCAUUUUCCUCCUUCAUUCCAAAGAUUUGCAAUCAUUAUAAUGAAAAACGGUUUGUUUGAUUUUAACCUUUUAUUUCCUCGUGUCUUUAUUAUUUAACCGAUGUUAUUGUUUGUAUAUUAUGUUUUUUUCUUCUGUUAAUUAUUUGAUAAGAUGGCUGGAGAGAGGCGACUCUUCAACAGGAUCGUGAAGCUGGCGUAUAUAAAUUUAAAGCACACUGGGACAGAUCAGAGUUUGGUUGUUUGUUUUUUUUUGCUAAACUGUCAUCAGUUAUGCUGAGGAAUUGGAGAAUUAUUAUUUAUAAAACCAGUGUUUCAUUUGCUUCAAAUGGUUGGGAUUUCUUUAACUAGGUUGAUUUUCUAAAGUUAUAUAUUUCUUUAAUGCGUGUUACUCCCACAUUAAAGGUCUGCGGCUGUUAAUUUUCUAUUCUGUCCUGAAUGAAAUGUCACUUCAGUCUUAUCGCGUCACACAACACUGCUUUAUUUAUUUUAUUCUGAUUUCCCCAUCUAAGCUAUUUGUCCCUCAUUCUAUACAGAUCUUAGUAAUAGUAAUAGAGUAAUAAAUAAAGCACAAACCACUGUUACGCCGCGUCUUACAGCAAACGCGACGCGCGGCCAUAAUCAACGGUCAGCACAGAGCGCGGGAAACUAUUGUUGACCUUUGACAUUACCCUUCAAACCAACUUUUAGCCAUUUUUGUUCCUGCAGUGCUUUGAAAAUGGCUAACGCUGUGAGGAAACUCUUCCUGCUUGAUUUAUGUUGCUGGUUUAUCCUGUCAGUUGUGUUCGAGUGUCAAAUAAAUCGAAUAACUUAAA